AUGUCGGUCAAAGAACUCACCCAAGGAGGCACCGAUGUGCUCUUCCGUAAAUCAUUUGGCGCAAUUCUUGUAGGCAACCAAGGCAACGGGCCUGAAAUAGGCUUUGCUAAAGAAACAUCUGGUCAGCUAUACAAAGUUAAAUGCAUUGUAAAACAUACCGAGGUCAACACAUACACGGCUAUUGUUGAGUCCAAAAGCAUCAACAACAGGGACAAUAUUGAUGCAGGCAAAUUUGUUGCAUAUGCCGCCGGGAAAAUUGCACACGCAGACCUCAAGACCUGGCACAGACGAUUGGGUCAUGUCAGCUACAAGUACGUUCUUGACAUGUUUUGGAACGGCUCAGUACGCGGAAUGGACAUUGUAGGAAAGCGCUCACCUCCACAAUCUCCAUGCAAACCUUGCCUCAAAGGCAAACAUGCACGCGCACCAUUUGUUCCAUCACAAUCCACCUCGUCCUCAGUCCUUCAACUUAUGCAUAGCAAUCUCCAUGGCCCAGCUGCAGUCCAAGGGAUUGGCGGGAUUUGA